AUGCCUCAUCUGACAGAUUGCUCUUACUAUCAGGUGAGCUAUUGAAAAUAAGUGCUAGUUUGGGUGCUGUUUCUCAUUUUACUAAUGAAGAGCAAUGAUGUAGUUUGUAUCUAAUGGAAGUCUUUAUUGGCAGAUUAUGCAGUGAUCUUUGUACACAUUAGGCAUGGGUUUCAACUCAAACUUGGUGUAAAAACAAUGUUCAAAGGUAUGCUGAGGUUACUCUGUGUUCUUGAAAUUGCAUUCUUUCCUGAGAUGAUUGUUUCUGUGGCUGGAGAAUUAACUGUAUAAUUAAUUUGGGGAGCAGAGAAGAUUAAUGGAUUUCUUGAAGGCUGGGGUUCUCUGUUUGCUUAUGGAAGUAGCAUUGUCCAGUUAAACUACCAUGCUUCUGUAUAACUUAGCGGACAUAGAUCUUGUAUAGCUUGUAGGUCACAGUGUCAGCCAGUUUCCAUGACCUGCAAUUUAGUUGCUCACAACUGUAUUAUUAAAGGUCCUUGAGCCUAAUCUAAGAGAAAUUGUACUUCAUCGUUUUCUUUUCUUCCAUAGGUCCAGACCCACUUGGACAAUCCAUCUAGGUAUCACGUUCAGCAAACUCAGAGGCAUCAAGUGAAGCAGUACCUAACGCUGGAUGCGAAGCUGUCUAGCCAAAGCCUGUCAUCUCAUUCCCAUUCAAUCCAUUCUUCAGCAGCUAUGCCCAUAUUAAGGAGUGGGCAUAUGCCUCCGACCAACAUCAGCACUCCUGGGAGUCCAGUGACCAAGUUAUUAAGUCUUGGAGGAGAACAAGAAAAUGCGGUAUGUCAUAGAGCUGUGAAAUAGUCUAAGGCCUCUUGAAUGUUGGUUUGCCAAAUUAGAUGGAGCUUACAAGAUGGGGGAAAGGUCUCCCAUUUGUUCAGCAUUGCUACACCUAAAUAUGCCUGAGUUAAACUACAUUUGUUGAGUGAGAUCUGGAGGCUUAUGCAUGAAAUUCCAUGUCAUCACUGUGGAUUUGCACCAUUGUCAACGGUCCUUUUAUAAUCACGUAAGCAUUGCUUAAAGAGAUGUUUGCUCUCUGAUGUGUUAAGGGGUGAUUAAUUCAACAUCAAGUCUCGGGACUAAAGAAAACCUCCCAAAUUUGCACAGGUUGGAGCCAGAUUUAGUCAUGCUUAGAGCAGACCUGACGGAAUGGGUUUCCCAAAACCAAAACUGACUGUGCAGGCAGUUUGAAUAGCCUCCAAUAAGGCUACAGACCCACUUUUAUGACAAACUAAGACCUAAGUUUGGAUUCAAACCUACCAUUGUUAAUUACAAACUAUAGGAUUUUAUAGCAGCCCCUUGUUCCAGUAAAUAAGGACUGCAGAGUUUUUACAUGAUAUAUGCAUAUAAAUAGCAAAUAGAGCUCAUAUUCUGCAUGCAUAGCUACAUUCUGGGCUGCUACUAGAAACCACCCCUUUCUCAAUCUUGGAAUCUUUUCAGACUGUGAAUUUAAAGUCCUAUGUAUAUGUUGCCUUCCUCAUUUAUGUGACUUGCAUUGCCAUUGAAAAUUUACCUUCCCCCAGUAUGAGUUUGCUUCAGUUGUAGGGCUCUCAUUUUUUUGGGGGGGGGGAUUGGUCCCAAAGUAUUAAUUUUGGAAGGACAUAAAUAUUUCCAAAAUGCUUUGAAUGUGAGGAUACUUUUAUUCACAGUUAUCCUUUCCCCUGCAUGCUCAUCUUCAGCACUAUUUUGUUCCUUAUUUGCUGUCGUUCCCCCACUGAAUUAGUCACAAACAGGUGAUCCUAGCUUAAUCAUAAGUCAAUUUAUAAAUGAGAUGCUGUUAUGAUGCUAUUCAGCCAAACGGUAUUGGCUAUCAUCAUCAUUUCAUUUGUAUGCCUCUUCUGAAAGUGAUUCUGAUCACAAAGAGAAUUCUUUUAUCAAAGGAUUAGUGUUUGUUCUUUUUUUUUUAAAAAAGUGAAUAUUUGUAGAAUAAGUUCCUCUGUUCACCAUCCUCUUGCAUUCAUUGACAACUUCUUUUAUUAGAUGGAGGACGUUAUCGAUGACAUAAUCAACAUGGAAUCUAGUUUUAAGGAUGAAGGGAUAGGUUGCUCUGAAACACCGCUUCUCUUGCAAAGCACUGUAAGUAAUUGACACUUCCCUUUCAAAAAAAGUAUUGAAGAAUACAACUGAGAACUGUAAUUCAUUGUUGCACAAAGGUGAUAUUUGUUCUCUGGCUUCCUCUCUUGCAUAAAACUAUCUGAGAAAAUUAUCCUUUCCACUGACAAAUUUCAGGAUGGUGGAAUGAGCAAUAGAAUGCUAUCUUGUUACAAAGGUGUAUAUAUAUCUGUGUUAUAGGCUAUCUGCUGAUAGGAACUCAAGUUUCCCUUCUUACAAUGCACUGAUUAUAUAUCUUGAUUUCCUUGACAAUUUAUAAUCAAAUGUUUUAACACUCAGUAAGCUCAGAUGCUUUUUAAGAACAUACCAGAAGUAAUAAAUGCCUAACAAACCUGAUAUUCAGCAACUGAUUUAACAUUUGCCUCAAACAUGGAUAAAUGUUGUAAGGCCAAAAUAAGCUGUGUUUCUCUACUUAAGUAAUAGUUUCAAACAUUCAAAAAAUGUUGAACCUAUUGUCACUGAGCAUCAAAAAGAAUGGAACAUAUCCCUUUGUAUACCUUUAAGUUAACCAUUUUAUUUAUUGUGUUAUUAUUAAAAUCUAUAGGCUGCCUUUCAACUCCAACCCCACCAUCUCCACUUUACCAAGCUGAUUCACAAAAACAUAUGAAAUGUGCUCAAGAAACCAGCUGAUCAAACUAUAAAAUUCAUGCUGUCAAUUGCAUGCAAAUUAUUAAAAUUCAUAAACAAUAAAACUGAUAUCACAAUUUCCUUUCCCCCCUCCCGGCUGCCCCCACAUGCAUAGAGAUCCUGCAGUUCUGAUCUCCCAGGCUCAGGUUUCUAAUUGCACCCUAGUUAGUGCUAUUUGUAUGAGCAGUUUCUCGUCAGUGAUUACCACGAUCUUCAAAGCUCAGUACAUCUUUGCUGGGAAAGGACCAGACUAAAUAUUAACAGCGCCUUAUCUUGGGUAACUGGAAAAGGCUGCACAAGACAACAGCAAGGCAAAAGUCUUUGUUGGCACAUUUUACACUAGAUGUACUUAAAAGUCCAAGGAAGACUCAAAGGUCACCUUGAUAUUUGAGGCUCAGCAUUGCAUUUCCAGGUUCCGCUCACAAGAUUUGCCCAAAGAGAAAUGGCCCGACAAGCAAGCAACGUACUACUGUGAAAACGGGUAGCCAUCAAUAUUCCUUCCUACUGUACAGAUCAAAAUAAAUAUGAGACAUUUCCCUUCAGCUUAGAAACUCUGCCUAAAGAACAAAGGGGGUAAGGCUUGGCUGGCAAACCCUGCCAAAAGGAGCUUGUGAAAUUCGGACAGAGGAGCAGGGAGGACUGACUAUGGAAUAGAAUCAGAUGUGCCUCUCCAUAGCUCAGGAGACUCUUGCAAGGAGGGCUGCAUACAUACUGGACCGAUCACUGCUAAGGAACUAUUUUGCACUUCGGACUUCAUUUGUGGCAGUCCCAACUCCCCUCUCAUGAAUUGCUACGAACAUGGUUGCAAUUAAUAUAAGAUACUGUAUUGGAGAUGGCAUUUAAAGUCAUGCCAGUUUCCAAAGCAAGCUUCACAAUGUUCUGAGCAUUUAGCGGACCCAAUUGCACAGAGACAGGACAGAAUGGAGCAGCUCAUAGAGACACAGUGCGCCAUGCACUUUACAAUGAUGUGCUGGUUGUUUUGUCAUCUGCCAGCACUGCAGAGCAACAUUUUCACCUUAGUCCAUGGCUUUUUGUGUUGUUGGGAUGCUUCUAUUUUGAUUGAUUGGUUGGUUGGUUGGUUGGUUGGUUGGUUGAAUUUACAUCAACAAUCUUUAUUAUGGUCGAGACCCAACAAAUUGAUUGAAUUUAUAUACUGCCCUAUACCUGGGGGUCUCAGGGCGGUUCACAGAAUAAAAUCAAGAUAUAAAACCACAAAAUAAUCAAAAUAAAAACAACAACCCAAUAGCCCCCCCCCCAAAAAACCACACCCACAUUUUAAAAGGGCAUAGGAUGUCAAUUUAAUCAACCAAAGGUCUGGUUAAAAAGGAACAUUUUUGCUUGGUGCCUAAAGGUGUAUAAUGAAGGCGCCAGGCAAACUUCCCGCAGACGGGGAGCCAUUGCAGAGAAGACCCAUUCUCAUGUUGCCACCCUCCAAACCUCUCGAGGAGGAGACACAUGAAGGAGGGCCUCAGAAGGUGAUCUCAGGGUCUGGGUAGGUUCAUAUGGGAAGAGGCAGUCCUUGAGGUAUUGCUAGUUUUAAUGUAUGCACGUGUUUGCUUAAAGUAUUGUAAGUUGCUUUGAGUUGCGGUGGCAAAAAAGCAACUAAUAAAUUCAAAUGAUAAUAAUAAUGUGGGGCGUAUGGCAUGGAGCUGUGCCUCCUGGCGCCACCCUCAAUAUCAUGUGCCACUAUAUUGUCCAUGGAAAGUCUGCAAAGGGGGCUCCUAAAUAUCAGGAAGUACUUCACUGUAGGCACUCCGUGUGAUCAUGAGCCCUCCUUGCAGUGUCAGCAUUCAAACAACCGCUGAUACCCUGGGGCCAUUUUGCAGGGUCUGGACAAACCGCUACUCUGCCCUCUGUGAGUUAUCCCUCACAGGGAAUGUAUGUAUAUGGCUAAUGUCUAUACCACAAACCAGCUUUGAAAAUGUUAAUAUGGGUCCAGGUUCUAAUCAGCCACCCGUGUGUACAUUUAGGCGCACAGUGUCUAUAACAUUUUGUAACUAUUUUUGUGUUCCAAAACUGGACCUACUCUCAGAUUUCAUAAAACCCAGAUCUAUGUCCGCCAAGCGACAAGAUGCCCUGCUCUGUGGUAUUUACCGGUGUGAGGGGCUUCAUGUGGUCUACUGUCGGUGAAGAGAGUUUUGUUAAUUAUGUGUGUGAGUGGUGCAUAUUGUUCCCGGCCCUUGCAAAUGCCACUGAAGACUGUGUGUUACACAUUUGUCCUUGGAUCGGCCCAUUUCCUUAUCUCCUCUAUAAAUGCCAUCUGAAGAGGCUGGUGAAUAUAUGCCGUUGAAGUGUAUUCCAUGGUAAUUUAGUAGGAACGAAAGGAAGGCUGUUCCCUUCCUUCCUGUUGAGCGUUCAGCCUUUGAAAGGUAGGUGAAAGCUGUAAAGGGAAGCAUUCCUUGCUCGAGUGCUCAGAUUUUAUUCUAGAGCUGCCAGUCACUUAUAAAUAGAAAUGUGAUGGGCCUAACCAAUUCACAUUAUACUUUAAAAGAAAGGCGACAAAGAAGAGAGGAAAGGGGAUUUGUUAAUCUUUUAAAAGAGAAGAAGACGUUUCUCACAACAUGUGCCACACGUUCAGUGUGCACUGCGAUCUGAAAUGGCAUGUUAUGCCAUAUGUCGGGUGGGUAUUUCUUUUGCUGCCCCCAAAGAGAUGGGUACCAAUUUGAGUGCUGAACCAUCUCCUUUAAAAAGUUGUUUCCAUUAAUGAAAUUGGGAAGAAGACUCUUCCUAAAUGGGGGACCAUUGUAGUGGAAUACCUCUACUUAUUUUCUCUUGGGGGAGGAAAUCCAUUCCAUAAGGAAAGGGGCAAUGUUAGGUUUCCUUGUAUUGUUUGAUGGGAAGGGGCUCUUGAUCUCCUACUUUGGAAACAGCAAAAAAUCUGACACAAAGUGCAACUGCUUGAAGAGAGACUUUGAAAAAAUGGCUGAUGGGAAGUUGUUGCCAUCCUAUAAGGAAAAGGUCAGUCCUGCUUUCAAGAAAGCUGUCUUCUGCUGGAAAUGAGAUUGGUAUACACUUGUCAUUGAUAGCUUAGCACUGAGAUGCCAUGUCAUCAUUAUAUAUUCCAGUCUGGUUCCAAUGGGGAGAAAUGAACCACAUGGUGGUCACUAAGCAGCUCCUGACUUAGUCUAUUAUGGGCUUUUCCAGAUCAUGAAAACAUGGCAGUGGUGUUAGCCCAUCUAGUUUGUUCAGUGUCCUCCUGAGUCCUCUUCAGGAUUCCCCCAUCAUGUGCAAGGGGGACAGUGGGAAGGAUGGGCCCCGGCUACACGCCCUUCAACAAGUCACUGGUCUGGUUUGCACAACAUGGUAAACCAAACUAUGGCUUAGCCAGGCCCACAUGAAUGUGCAAGCUCUGGGGAUAAAGCUUGCAGUCACUUUGCUCCUGAUCCUUUUUGAUUUUGCACAUGCUGAGCUAAACCAAGGUUUGGCUUAAUGCUUCACUGACUAGCUUAACCACACACCUAGAUUCAGACGAUACAUUAAGCCAAAUAUGGCUUCGCUCAGGACGCUACUAAAAAGGGCCAGGGUGGAGCAAAGUGACUGGGAUCCCAGAUAUUUCUGCAGUCUUGGGGUUUGGCUUACUGUGUCAUGCUAACCAAGUCAUGGUUAUCAAUCCUGCAGCCAUUUAUGUUUUGAGGUCUAAACUUCAACAGCAGAUAGCCUUUUCUACAAAGUUAGGCGCUCCAUAAGGUUUAGAAGUCUGAUCUUCCAGGGUCCUAAAAUGAAUGGGGAGCUUCAGAAAUUCAGCCCUCAAUGUGUGGAGGGCUCUGGAGUGGUGACAUUGAUGUGGAUGAUACCUCACAGGAUGAUAACUGAGUGCAUGAAACUAUAGGGAAGGGGGUAAAUUCAAUUCAGUAUGGACCUAAAGGCAGACCUACUUAUUUUAUUCUGAUGCAGGCAAAAUGAAAUUUCCACUUCUCCGGAUUUUGCAAUACAGUGCAAAAUUAAGCCAAGCAGUUUGUACAAAGAUGCACUUACUUGGGUUAAUGAAUGCCUAGAAAUACGUAUAUCAGGGAAAAUAAGAUAUGAACAUGCUUUACAUUAUGGUAAAUUGUUUUGCAGAGAUAUGGAUAAAAUUGCGUACAAAAAUGAAAAUUGCACUAAAAUGGUGCUGAAUUUUCAUAAUGACUUAAAAACUCCCUCAAAUUUUAGAAAAAUGGGAAACUGAGAGAAACUGCCCAUCCCUAGAGGAAGAACACUUGAAUAGGGCUCUGGUCACCAGAUACUAUCUGUCUCACUCAUCUGUUUACUGCAUCAUCAAGUUCAGCAGUUUACAAAGGCAAGUGUAGGUAAAAUACGUCACAGAUGGGCAGUUAAGCCACAGAGAAUUAAGAGUUCAGAAUUAGGUAUCCUCGAGGUCCUUUGUGAUGCUUGAAGCUAACCAUUACAUAUGGUCUUUCAGCCCUUCUGUUUGUGAGCAGUUUUGAAAUGCUAGUCCAAAUGGCAAGGUAGAAACAGCUCUGCUUCCCCUUUGAGUUUGAAGAGGAAAUAUCUUUUGAUAGCUUUGAUAUCAUUGUGUGAGUAGCGGCAGCAGUAGCAAAAGAUGAGUGUGCAUUAACAGGACAAAAAAGCAAUGCAUAUUUUCUAGGUCAUCUGCCAACUUCAAAGAUUAAACCAAUCCGUGUUGGCUACUUAUACUGAAUAAACCCAAAAAGCAAAUGAUAAGAAAAUGAAACAAACAUUGAACAAAUUGUAUUUUAGUUAAUUUAGGAAAUGAAUGAGAGCAUGCUUCUAAUUCCAGCUAUCCACUUGACAGAUGAAAAUAGUGCAGCUCCUAAACUUUAUUAACUCAGUGGUGGCUAUGUUUAAAAUGAAUCAAUAUGGUUGAUGUUUAAAUUGAAGAUUUUUAAUACAUUCUACUUUUGGGCAAUUAUUACCUAACCAAGUCAGUCAAGGAGCAUACUUUCUGUUCACUUAAAUAAUUGAUUGAGUAUUGGGCUCUGAGAAUUAUUGUAUUAAGAGGAUCUGUGUUCGAUUUUGACCAUGGUGAACCAUAUUAACUGGAAGGAGAGAAGAGUGCUCUUAACAUUGCAUUGUUUGUUUGUUUAACCGAAAACAAUUUCCUAACCAAAGGCAGAUUUUUUGGGGGGUGUAUUUAGGGCCCAUUUAGAAUAAUAGGAUCAUAGAGUUGGGAGGGACCACAAGGGACAUCUAGUCCAACCCCCUGCAAUGCAGGAAUCUUUCACCCAACUUGGGCAUCAAACCCACAACCUUGGGAUGAAGAGUCUCGUGCUCGCCUGAGUGAGCUAUCCAGGCUCACAUCCUUUCAGAGAGGAUAUAGGGAUGAGGCCAAAUGUAUAUUUCAGAAGAGGGAAUUCUUUAGGCAUCAAGUCACCACCAAAUAGGCCCUGUCUCAUGUUCCAACCAACCUAAUCAUGCUCACUGCUGCGUCUGUGAGCUGUGCCUCUGUGGCUAAUCUCAAAGCCUGGGCAGGCUGCUUUGGCUGGAGCCACCAAGUAGCAUUUCCAGGUUUUAAAAAGUCAAAACCAGCACUUAACUAGGAAGUGCAUAGGCAACCAUUGUAACUGAUACAAUAUUGGAGUAACACAGUCUGGGUGUCUUGCCCCCACAAGCAUCCAGGCAGCAACUGAAGCUUCAGAAUCACCUUUAAAGGCAGCCCAACACUGCAGCCUGGGUAUAACCAGGGCAUAUCUGAGGCAAGAUCUACCAUCCCUAGAUGUGUUAACGACUAUCCUAGUGGAGAUGCAGAAACUCAUUGUCCCCCAUUAGAUGAGUUAGAAUAAAUACAUAAGUAAGCCAAAUAGAUAGAUGCAGAAACUUGCACAACACCUCGAGCUUUGGAUAAAAAGAUCAUUGUUAACAACGUUCUUAUCAUAAUCUCCAGCUACUUUGGCUUAAUCGACAUAAUUAAAGUUUAGAGAAGCUCCAUAUUUCAUUCAAAUGAAAUGUUAAGACACUAUUAUGUGAUGAUUAAGGUUUUGUAGUAAUCUUUUCACAGAGCCUACCCUGGGUAAAUGCAUUUUGUUUCCCUUAUUGGCGCUUCAGUUAUACUUCAGUGCAGUUGUACCAUCUAACAGGGACUAGUUAACCAUUUGCUGCGUUAAUCAUUUAGUGCAGUUCUCAUCACUGAGUGAAAUGAUUUACAAUUUGGUUGCAUGAAGACAGAGAGAGAUGCAUAUUGGCCUAUAGUGACUGAGACAGUGAAGAGCGCAAAAUGCAUUGAAUUGAAAGGUACUGUUUCUCUAAAUGUAUUUGUUGGCAUGUGCAUGCUAUAUAAAUAUAUUCUGGCCUUCAGCAGUUCAGAGUACUUGACUAUCAUGUUGUGGAGCAUAUUUUUGUUAUCUGUCAUGCUGGUUUUGGUUGGACGGAGGUUUGCUUGACUCAGUUUGUGCCCUGAUCUGCCUUUGGCGAAUUAGAAGAUGGUGACAUUCUUGAGUUUAUAUUAGCUUUGAUCCUUAAAGUAAGAGAGGUGGAAUUUUGAUUGCAUAAUAAGAAUCCUUGAUCUGUUUGUCUUUUUCCUUAUUUUAAUCUGCCUUUUGAAUGGCACAGGGAACUCAUACUCUAGCAGUAGUUCAGGAAUAAUACCGCAUCAAGAAAAGUAGCUACACUUUUAUGUCUAAGAUCUGGAGCUCAGAUAUGGUUGUUGUUGUUAAUAAUAGCAGAUAUUUUUACCAAUCCUGCAUCAUGCGGUUGCAGCCGUUUAAAAAUACAACAUUAAAAUUGGUUUUAAAAUUGGUUUCUGAAAUAUACAUCUCAGGUGUCAAAGGCCAGGGUCAAGUGGUGCAUCUUCAUCAUACAACAAAAACGACAGGAGAUAUCAAACUCACCUCUGUAGGGAGGAAAUUUCCAAGCUUAGCGGCUACUGCAGAGAAUGCACUCCCUGUGCCAACGCCCCACCUGACUUUCUGAGGGUGGUGAAACUACCAACAGGUAGUUUCCUGUAAAAGAUUCCUGUCUGGUACUACUACCAGUCAAUGUUGACAAUACUACGAGAUGGACCAGUGGUCUGAUGCAUCCCAUAUUCUGUGUUCUAAGUUCAUAUAUCUUUUUCAUUUGCUGCCCCUUUGCUUGCAUAUCAUCUUUUUCACAGAUGUCGGUCCUUUCUGAUGCAAACCAGGAAGCUGGUUUUCCUUAUUUAUUUAUUUUUUGCAUUUUAAAAACAGACAAUAUGUAUGUGUUGCUUUUUUUGUUUUAAAGGCCUAAAAUAAAUAGGAUGUGGGCCUGCCACAGUGACUGCCUGAUUAGAACUGACACAAAGAAUUUUCUACAGCUGGGCUUGGUUUGAGAUGGUGAUCACCAGAGCUCAGCCCCAGAACCCUUUCAUAUGCCGGAGGAUGAGAUCAGCUUUGGAAUAUGAGAAGUAAGAAUGCAGAAGAUGGUGCAUCUACAAGUUAUGUGCUGAUGCAAAUUGACUCCCCACCAAGUAGUUGUAUAAGAAGUAGGAUCUGUCAGUUUUGGACCUCUCAGUUUCUCAUGUUUCCAAUCUUAACAUCAGUUCUCCACAUUCUGCAGCAAUUUGCAGUUCAAAAAUCCUCAUGACAUCUCACCAGCAUUUUAGUGUGAAUUUCUCCCAACAAGCAUAUUCUUAUAUGCUGUUUGCAUUUUUGUAAACAAAUCUACCUAAUACAUUGCCUUUUUGUGCCAUUUUCAUUGCCAUUUUUAUUUUUAUGCUCACCCCCCUUUUUUUGGAAAACAGUUGGAGAACUGCAUUGCAAAAUUCAGAUAAAUGCAAAUUUGAAAGGAUAGCUGUGUUUCAGUUUGCACAUUGUUUCAGAAGUGCAAAUUUGAUAGAUUCUGCUUUAAAUUGCUCCUCCAUCCCUAAUAAGAAGGCAUGUGUUUUGAAAAUUGAGAUUCCUAGGUCUGGAAGACCUGGCCAGUCCCUUUGGCAGAUGUGAAAAUAGUGACGGUUUGGAAGCUCCCUUCGAGUCCCACGACGAAAAAAAAGAGAUGCACUUUUACUAUGCUAGGAGAUUCCAUGGGUAGAGGAAGAGAUUAACUAAACUGAAACUUGACACACAGCGGCUUGACUAAGAGCUCAUUAUGUCUACUCAUUCCUCUGCACUUACAUAGACAAAGAGUAAAUGUAUUUGAAUCUGCCAGCUCCACUCUGCCUGGUGGCGUCCCAAAAAGGAGCCCAACUGCAUAUAGGUGUGCACAUAGAGUCCUCUUUCAGAUGUUCUGUGACCACACGGACGUUAGGGCUGAUGCAUACAGUCCUGCUCCUCAUUCUACAUGCUCACUAUGCAUGUGGAAAGGGGAUUAAAGAUUUGAACUGCUUAAAUGUUUUGGGUAUAUUCUUUAUUCAUUCACACCCCCCCCCAAUUUUAUUAAUAUCUGUAACUUCCUAUUCCCACCCACCCCAACAAAACCUGGUAGGAUUCGCUUGUAUAAAGACUUGUAGGUGAUGCUUAUUCAUCUCAGAGAUCAUUGAGGAAGCAAUCUAAAUAACUACGAAGAUCAUCUAUUUUGUUAAGAUCUUCAAUUAAGUAUCCUGUAGAUACUUCAGUUUCAAGCAAAUAGCAAGCCAGUGUAGUCUGCAAUGUGCAUGUCAAUUUAAUUGUCACCAUUCAGUUAAAGAAUGAUCGGAAAGGCGACAGAACUAGAAUAUAUAUAUAUAUAUAUAUAUAUAUAUAUAUAUAUAUAUAUAUGAAAAUUAUGAUGAGAAGAAUACAUUUUGUCUUACUACUCAGGAAUAAAAUAAAGGUGCUUAAGCUGGAAAUGUGCUUAGCUUUCAAAUCCUACAUAUUAAACACAGCUUGCUCUUGAAUAAGAAUUCUGAACAUUCUUUAAAACCUAUCUCUAUGAAGACAUAAAAAGAUAUGAGAAUUUUCUGGAAGUGACAGGAUAAAGACACACAAGGCUUCCAAUUGGCACUUGCUGGUUACAGUUUAAGCAGUGGUAGUUGCUUCAGUUCGGCGAUAGCUAAAGACUUUUAUUCUACAUCCCAUUAGUAAGAAUAGUUGGGAAGAACUGCCAGUUGCCCAUAUCUUUGUGUUUAUAUGGAGCAAGCAACUGACGGAAAAAGAGGGUAGAGUUACAGUACUGUGAUACUGUUACAUACAGGUGGCGUGCAUCCGUUGUGUGACUCCUGUGUAUCUCGUGCAAGGUUAUUAUAAUAAUUAACAUUUAUACACCUCUUAAUGCUAAAAUAGGCUUCUCAGCAGAUUUCUGUUAGAAUUUCUGCUCCGUGAUUGCAGUCAUGGGAUUGUUGUCUAUCACAUGACGGUGUAUGUUUUGACUCCACAGAGUGGGAAGUGACAGAGACAGGAUGUUUGUGUUACUGUGUUCCGUGAAGUGGGACUAUUGUCCUUUGUUUUUUCUUUCUGCUAUCUGAUGCUAGAGAGAGAGGGAGCUAUGUUGCAGUGCUCCGUGUGUGUUUAUAUGUAAAUAAAGUAGAUUAGCCAAAAUGCUGAGUUGCUGAGGUCUGUUAUGCAAGCUGCAAAGACUCUGUGGAUCCCUAAGUGUGCUGGUGUCUGUUGGCAUCGGUCGCUGUGAUGUUCAGGCUGAAGAAAGCUUUUGAAGCUCCCAAACGAUAGACCAGGAAGGAGAGAACAUGCCAGUCGGGCAUGUGUCUCUGCCAGGGUCCUACUCGAGUGUAGGACAAGCUCCUGGCAUAAAAACCAAUUACACGAGAAUUAAAAUAUACAUGUACAUGAUUGAAAUGUGCAUUAAAACAACACAAUUAAAGCAGGAUAGUCAGGUUGAAAAGAUGUGGGAGCAGGUGCCUCUUCAAGGGAACCGGUGGUAUGCCAGUACAGAUGAGACCUCUCAUAUUUCAGCAAAGAGUGCUUUCUAUAACACUAGUGCCACCAGUGAAAAUGAAGGCGUCCAAAUCAUAAGUCAAUAAUCAUUAGGCCACAGCAAGUCUAACUGGGUUCCAUUUGUUCUUGAUGCUCUUAUUGGGUCACGGAGAAGCACACCAGUAUAGAAAUAAAAUAAACUUUCGAAUAUAAAGUGGAAAUACUAAAAAAGAUCUUGAAAGGAAAGAGAAAUCGUCUGUUUGACUGGAGCUAGGAUGAAGCAUAAGAAUAAUUACACUGCUCAAAUACGUUUGGGUUCUUAAAGACCACUUCAAUAGAUUUCCACUAUUUCCUCUCCCGAAGGAAGUUGUUCUUGCUAUGUUCUUCUCCCACCCCUGCUUUUUUCCUUUCCAUUUGGGUCUGUGAGAUCUGCCUCCUUGUUUCUGUGCUCAUUAUCGCAAAAUGGAGAAAAGUUAUGGCCAAAGCACGUCUUUGAAAUAAGGUGCCAUGUUCCAGUUUUGAUAGGAGAAGAUAUUAUCACAAUGAAAGUUCUUCACAUCUUCAGUUACUGUUGGAUAUGUAGCCAAGGAAAUGUCUGGUUCUAUAUGUUUGGUUAUCUAGGGUUAUUGGCUUGUUUUGUUCUUGGACUUGCUUCUGUUACAUAUUUUGUGCUCACAUUUUGUAUUUUUAUGAGGUUCCUCACGGGGUCUCUGCCAUGGGAGCAUAUUCACCCAGUGCUUUUCCAGCUGCACUGGCUCCCGGUGGUGUGCAGGGUCUGAUUUAAGGUGCUGGUUUUGACCUUUAAAGCCCUUCACAGCCUAGGACCCUCGUACCUACAGUACAGCCUCUCCUGGUAUGCCCCAUGGAGGACCUUAAGGUCCAUAAAUAGCAACACCCUAGAGGUCCCGGGCUCUAAGGAAGUCAGAUUAGCCUCAACCAGAGCCAGGGCCUUCUCAGCUCUGGCUCCGGCCUGGUGGAACGCUCUGUCUCAUGAGACCAAGGCACUGCAGGAUCUGAUUUCUUUCUGCAGGGCCUGUAAGAUGGAGUUGUUCCGCCUGGCCUUCGGCUUGAAAUCAAUUUGAUUCCCUCCCCCUCUUCUUUUUUCCUUUCUCCUCCUGUGAUGGAACUCCUAUUUGGGGACUUCCCUGGCUUUUUUCUGGCCCAUGUAGGACCAGUGUGGAAAGUUAGCCUGGGGGAAGACUCCCCAAAAAAGUUUUUGAUUUGAGUUUCCAUUGAAAUGAGGCUGUAUUUUAAUGUUUUAAUGUUGUAUUUUAAUCUUGUUUUAAAGUUGCAUUUCAAUCAAUUUGUUUUUAUAUCAGGUGUUAGCAGCCCUGAGCCUGGUCUUGGCUGGGGAGGGCGGGGUUUAAAUAAAAUUUAUUAUUAUUAUUAUUAUUAAGCAAAUUCACUGUUUUUUGCAUAUUUCUCGUUACACAUAAGAAAUUAAUGAACAACAGUGCUAACAUCUAGGCAUAUAUGACAGGUGCAGAAUGAUUUUUCUCAUCUAGCACAGUACCAUUUUAAGGCAGUUGUCCACAUCAUGGCCCCCAAACCCAUUUUAAGGUGUUUUGUACCACAGUGCCUCUUCCUUUCUGCAAAGUAUCAACAAACUGAGAAAUGAAUUUUGAGUUCAGGGAGAUAGUUACAAAUCCGCUCAGGUCUCAGGUAAGACCAGCAAAGUUAUUUUCCCUUUCAACUUAACUCAUAUUCGAAGUGUAGUUGCAGUAAUCCUGUUAUUGGAAAAUAUGCUAUGGCAUUAAUUCAAAAUCGGACAUCAGGGGCCAUAACCAGGCAUCAUUCUGCAUAUGAAACACACAUCAGCCUCACUCAAGUUUCUGAAUAUGGAACAAUGGCAGUCUUUGACCCUUAACAUUUAAUUUUGUUUUAUACAAGAUAAGGGCAAAGUCUGCCUUUAGAUGCAUAUUUUCUACCUCCCGCUGCGAUUAAGACAUGAAUACGCAUUUGAAAAGGAAUUUUGUUCUUAAGUGUCUGCAUAUGCCUUUCACCUUACAAAUCAUGAAUUUAUUCUGAUUCACUCACCCCUAACUUUUCUGACUCUCUCUCCCUCUCCCUCUCCCUCUCCCUAUAUUUCCCCCACAGCUUUCAAGUAGCAUUUUGGAUAUAUACAACAGUGACCAAGGAAUGCCAGCUGCUAAUAUGGGUCUCACGAAUGCAUCCUGCCCAUCUAAUUUGCCUGUUAAAAGGGAAAUCACAGGUAAUAUAACGCUGAGAUGUUGGCACAGGCUUAUCAUUUUGAAAAUAACAGUACCAGCCUUUCUCCCACCCCACAGAAGCCCAUUCUGCAUGAUCCUAGCCCGUGCUUUUAUUCAAGAGAAAUAGGUGUCAGAACUCACCAUGAAGUUGUUAUAGUAAGUUAUAGAAGCUGUUCUUUACCCUGUUGGUGCGACUAAUCAUGCCUCUAUAUCUUCUGCCUGAGGGCAGGAGAUCAAGAAAGUGCCCGCCAGGGUGCGAAUCAUCCCUGAGAAUUUUCCUCACUCUCCUGAGGCAAUGUUCUUCCUCAGUGUCAUUCACGGGACAGCCCAUAAUAUCUUGCGCUGUAUUCACCACCCUCUGUAGGCACUUCCUAUCAGUUGAUGUCAAACCAGUAUACCACACCGUGAUGCAGUAUGAAAGGACAUUUUCUAUUGUGGACCAGUAGAAGGAGAUAAUCAAAUGCACACAUGUAGAGGCCUGGCUGGAAGGCUUAAAGCCCACCGCUACUACAUGGCAGACGGAAUGAAGAAAAGGAAAUACAAAUUGUCUCUGUCCUGUAGCUUGACCAAUCACAGCUAGGAGCUAGCUGGAGUCAUGUAUCUUAAAAAAAAGUGUAGACACUGGCCAGCUUCUGUUUUGACUUGAAACGCUUGUUUUGGGCUUCUCAGAAGUGAGUAAAAGCAAAAGCAGGUAGGGGGAGUGCUGGUCCACAGUGGUGCCCACCUGAAAGGUGCCAGAACUGUGCUUUGGUGAACUCCGGCUGAAAGCCCCCCCCCCGAUCCUAACAUUAUGCAUAGCUAGGACUCUUGGGGAAAUGGCAUCGGUCAGCCAGCAGCCACUGGGAGAUGUCCUGCAGCAACCUUUGGCUCCUUCAAUGUUCCUUUAAUUAUGCACACACAGUUUGCCACCCACCUUUGGCUCUGCACUAGUUUUGACCACUUCCUCCAUACUUUGGGGGGGGUGAGUUGGGUGCCCUCCAGAUGUUAUUUCCAUCAUCCCCCACCAUUGGCCAUACUGGCUGGGGCUGAUGGGGGUGCAAUCCAGCCACAUCUUGAAGACACUGCAUUAUCUCCCCUUGUUUUGAAUGACUGUCUAAUAAUCUAUAGUUGGGUCCAAUAAUCUAUAAGAGCAAUUUUUGCAGAAUACAUGUACUAUUAAAUAUCAUAUGCCCUUGAUGUUUUGCCUCAUUUGAUUCAUUUUCAGAUGUUGACCUAUAAAGGAUUUAUUAGCUGCUACUAAUAAACUACAUUAAACCACAGAGCAUAGGGCUUGCCGAUCAGAAGGUCGGCGGUUCGAAUCCCCGUGACGAACAUCUGACGCGGCUUCUGCUUGAGUGCUGGAGGCUCUUGCAACCAAUCAGAAGCCGUGCCUCGGUUGUCGAACUUUUCCAAAGCCAAAUGGGCUUCUGGAACGGAUUACAUUCAACAACCAAGGUUUGACUGUACUUAAGAUAAAUUCCAGCCACAUUUAAGCAAAUGUAUUCAGAACUGUAUGUAUGUAUAUAUGUAUGUAUGUAUGUAUGUAUGUAUGUAUGAGACGCGGGUGGCACUGUGGGUUAAACCACAGAGCCUAGGACUUGCCGAUCAGAAGGUCAGCGGUUCGAAUCCCUGCGACGGGGUGAGCUCCCAUUGCUCGGUCCCUGCUCCUGCCAACCUAGCAGUUCGAAAGCAUGUCAAAGUGCAAGUAGAUAAAUAGGUACCGCUCCAUCAUCAGUUGAGGAUACAAUGUGACUGGCCUUGCUCACUUGGUUUUUACUAAGUAGGAACCACGUGGGGGCAGCUGGGUUGAAUGUGGUGGGGAUGUGGUUUUAAACUCCCUGUCUACUCACACUAAGUUCCAGAUUUGGAUCUGCCCCUCCUGUGGCUGCUAUCCAUCAUACAAAAAUCAAGCAUAAUCAUUCGUACCUAUAAUCACACCUACGUUUGUCCUUUUAUCUUCAGAGACAGAACUACACCAGAUGUCUUUUACUGCCUUCUGAGCCCUUUGAAAUGCAUGUUUUGAGGGAUAAAGCUUAAUACUUUAAUUUUGUUUUUCAAAACUGCCCUGAACUUUACAUUUCCUCAUUGAUUUUGCAAGGCCUUGCUCAGGCCUUGCAAAGGUCUUGUCCUGCUUUCUUAGAACAGAAUGUUCCCAAAGAUGAGUUACAGUAUUUCUUAGUUCUGUCUAGCUGGGUAAGCUUCAAAGCAGUGAUUUUUCUGGAUAUAACGCUGCUAAUAAACCUAAUUACUGUAGGAAACAUAGCAGAUUCGGGCACAUUUGGGCUUCUGAUCGAUGGUAUAAAUAAGUUACCAUCCAUUAAAAUUUGUUCCAAGUUGCCACAAAUGACUCUCUUAAAGGUUCACAAUACAUCUAUUCAUGGAAAAUCCGUAUUAAUGGAUUAACAACUUUAAAAGUUACAUUCAUUUAAUCCAAAGAAUGCUAACAACUGUGUACAGUGUUAUCAAUGCAAUGCAAAAGGAACAAAGAGGGGGGUUUCCUCUCCCCCUUCCCCAAUUUGACUAUUUAAGAAAUCUGAUUAUUUCUUGAAUGAUGGGAAGGGAAACUCAAAUUCACUCUGGGUGCUUACCCGCCCCAUGGUAAAGUACAGAAAAUUAGAAAAUUGUUAAAUGCCAUGAUCUACUUUUUCAGUUUCUAAAAAUUAAAAAUGCAUGAUGGCUAUAAAAAAAAAAUCCCUGGCACACAUAGAACAGCAACACAUGCUGUAAACAGCAACUGACAAACUGCAGGAAGUGGUACAAUCAUCUUUGGUAAAUCAGGGAGUACAUAAAAUUGCUUGAAGGCUCGCCUGAAAAAGUUGCGCAAUUAAAAGGUCCUGUUGUUACACAGAGCAAUUUCUGGAAUUGUGACCCAAUGACUGUUUGAACAGUUUUUGCUUUCUGUCAGAAACAGAUACUCGAGCAAUGGCAAAGGAGAGGCAAAAAAAGGAUAACCAUAAUCUCAGUGAGUAUAUUUACAUGAACUGUUGUCCCUAGGUUGUACAGGGUGGGGAAGUACCUGCUAAUGCUGAAGGAUAUACAGUGGUACCUCGGGUUACAUACGCUUCAGGUUACAUGCACUUCAGGUUACAGACUCCGCUAACCCAGAAAUAUUACCUCAGGUUAAGAACUUUGCUUCAGGAUGAGAACAGAAAUUGUGCUCCGGCAGCGCGGCGGCAGCGGGAGGCCCCAUUAGCUAAAGUGGUGCUUCAGGUUAAGAACAGUUUCAGGUUAAGUAUGGGCCUCCAGAAUGAAUUAAGUACUUAACCUGAGGUACCACUGUAAUUGGGUUCCUUUAUGUGCGAAGCAGACACAGUACAAAAAUGCACAUGUGUAAAGGGAGAUCAACCUCAUUCCUGACACCCAGAACGUUGUCUUACAUAUAUAAUGUUUUGCCUACACUGAAAUAGCAUGUUUACCUGUGGGAGAGACCAUAGCUUUGCCUACUGAAGGGUGGUAGUGGUUACGCUUUCCAUGCAGAAUGUCUGAAGUUCAAUCACUUGCAUUUCCAGCUGCAAGGUUCUCAACUUGCAGGACUGAGAGAGGCCUCUUGAGCCCAGGGAUGUUGAUGAAGCUGGCCCAAGCCAGGCUUGCAAAUUAACUGGCUUUGAUCUUGAUCAAAGCCAGAAGGGAACGCCAUCUGCCAUUCCUGGAUUUGCUCUCCCGCCCUGGCUGUUUGUUAGAAAGCAAAAGAACCUUGCACUUAAAAGCAGAGCUAUAUAACUAAUGCCAUAUUAUUAUUAUUAUUGUUCGUUCAUUUCUACCCCACUUUUAUGCCCAAAUGACACGUGUAAUUUGACUCUCAGUUAGCAAAACCAGGACUGAUGCAACUGCAGACUAUAGCUGGUUAGGGCAGUGGUUCUUGAGUACAGUACCUCGGGUUACAUAUGCUUCAGGUUAUAUACGCUUCAGGUUACAGACUCCGCUAUCCCAGAAAUAGUGCUUCAGGUUAAGAACUUUGCUUCAGGAUGAGAACAGAAAUCGUGCUCCGGCGGCACGGCAGCAGCAGGAGGCCCCAUUAGCUAAAGUGGUGCUUCAGAUUAAGAACAGCUUCAGGUUAAGUAUGGACCUCUGGAAUGAAUUAAGUACUUUACCCGAGGUACCACUGUAUAGAUAUAAGAUAUAGAUGUGUGCUUGGCCAUUGGUCACAUUGGCUUUUCACUUAUUGUGUCAUUCUGUCCGGGUCAGAGAGUUACAGUACAUUGAUCUCCUUUUCAUUGAUUUGGUUGAGUUCGUCAUAACUCAACAGGAAUGGUUCAGUUUCUGUGAAUGGUGCCCCUCAACCCGAGGGAUCCUUUGCGGGAUGAAUAUAUUGCGUUAAUAAUAAUAAUUUCUGCAGUUGGGUUGGCCAGGAGGAGGAAUCCUUUGGGGCUGUCUUGCCAGAGAUGGAUGUUUGAGAAACCAAGCCAAGGCCUCCCACUUUUUGAGGGAGUGGUCUCGGAAGAGGAGUCAAAAUAUUUAACUUGCUCUCCUAAUUAAGAAUUAGAUCUAGGUUGAGAGUGCCCAGAUGUGGAGGCUGGGUGUAUGGCUGACAUUAGAUGCCACAAUUGUAGUCUGAGAGCAAGCAGUAACCUCUUGACUGAACCUCCUGGCUCCAGUGUGGUUGAACUAGCAUCACCCCCCCCCCCCGUUAUCACAGAUUGAGUAUUUUCAGGUGUUACAAAGAGGGUGGCGUUGUGAUGUUUCGAAAGAGGCACAGCAUUUCACUGCCUGCUGAUGAAUUACAUCCGUUCUGUUACAUGCUGCUAUUAUUACAAUCUCUUGUUUUCAUAGUUGAAAGAAGAAGACGGUACAACAUUAAUUACCGGAUCAAGGAGCUUGGUACACUUAUCCCAAAGUCUAAUGAUCCGUGAGUUCGGCUGUCAUUUCUGUCAUUGUUUCUACUGCUUAAAUAUAAUGAAAGGGGCUGAAGAUGAAAUAGAUUUGCUAGAUGUCAAGGUUAACUUGGACAGUUUGGUUUCACAUCAUUGUUCUCCUAGCAGACGUCUGCGGAAUUGUUGAUAUUUGAUUAAUUCAGAUCCACCUCCCCUUUCCCUACAUAAUUCUUCAGGUUCACAUGCAAUACUUAUAGCAUUUUGGACAGAAUCCCCAUGAUCAGACAUGUAUAUGCUAUGCAGGGCUGUGUUUUAUACAUAUAUAUAUAUAUAUAUAUUGCCGGAACUCAUCAUGACUGCCUCCCUUGUUCUCUUAUGAUGAAAAUGGUGUUCACCUGAGAGGUGCUGGAAGCAAGCUCUGGUUCGGAAAAAGCCCUGGCUCUAUGAUGUCUGGUACUGUCUUGACAAGUCAAAAGAACGCGCAGUACAAUGGAACAGAGAGCUUUUGCAAAUAUUUUUAUUUAUUUACUAAAUUUCUAUCUCUCCCUUCCUUCCAAUGCAAUUAAAAAUAGAAGAAAAACUUUUUAAAAAACAAUUCAAAACCUGCUCCUCCAAAAACACGUAAAACAGUCACAUAUUCUCACAGCUGAUAAGUGCAAAGUUUCCAGGGAUAUUAUUUUUCAGCCAUCAAUUGACUGAGCGAACAGGAAUGUUUUUAAAUCCCUCCUGAAAGUUAAUAAUGAGGAUCGUAUCAGGGAAGGCACUCCACAACUGGAGAAUUGCCACUGAGAAGGCAUUGUUACUGUUCAAUGGCAACUGGGCAAGCAUGUAACUGUGGUACCACAAAGAUGGCGCACGUACUUAUAGGGUCCACAGUGGCUCAUAAAAAUCUCUGAAUAAUUGGUGGGUUUUAUUAGCUUAUAUGGGAUGGCCUACACGUAGGAAUUAUGAGCAAGUGAGAUGUUAAUACAGAAAUAAGAACGUAAGAACAGCGCUGACAGGUCUGUCCAAAGGCCCAUGCAGUUCAGCAUCCUGUUCUUGCACAUACCCACAAGAUGCUACCAGGGGCCUAUUGGCAGCCGACAAGCAAGACCUGAUAAGUGUACUAAAGUGUCAGCAAUUUUUUUUUCUUUAAAGAAAAGCAGCUUCUAAAGAUGACUUUGAGGGAAGAAAAGUUGGGGGUUGGGAAGGGGUUCUACUUAACUUUUUAUAUGCUGGCCACUUUCCCCACACUAAAUCAAUUCUCCAUUCCAACCAGAUUUGCUGUUUGGCUGAAGUGAAAUUAAUAAUAAUAAUAAUAAUAAUAAUAAUAAUAAAUCAUUUAUACCCCACCCAUCUAUCUGGGUUUCCCCAGCCACUCUGGGAGGCUUACAACAGAAUAUUAAAAACACAAUAAAACAUGAAACGUUAAAAACUUCCCUAAACAGAGUUGCCUUCAUUUGUCUUCUAAAGUCAGAUAGUUGUUUAUUUUCUUGACAUCUGAUGGGAGGGCAUUCCACUACCAAGAAAACCCUCUGCCUGGUUCCCUGUUACCGCAUUUCUCGCAGUGAGGGAACCACCAGAAGGCCCUUCUGGUGCUGGACCUCAGUGUCUGGGCUGAAAGAUGGAGGUGGAGACUCUCCUUCAGGUAUACUGGGCUGAGGCCAUUUAGGGCUUUAAAGUUCAGCACCAACACUUUGAAUCGUGCUCGGAAACGUACUGGGAGCCAAUGUAGGUCUUUCAAGAUUGGUGUUAUGUGGUCUCAGUGGCCGCUCCCAGUCACCAGUCUAGCUGCCGUAUUCUGGAUUAGUUGUAGUUUCCGGGUCACCUUCAAAGGCAGCCCCAUAGAGUGCAUUGCAGUGAAAAACCUGUGCUGCUCCUCUGUGCUUUGAAAUAACAAAAAUGCUUUAUGGUUUCAUGGGCUUCACACACCUCCCCCCAAAAAGCUGAGAAAUCUUCUUAAAAUUAUUGUGGUAAAUAGGAUUACAAAAGGACCUUUUUUAAACUUUUGGGGGAGGGACUUUAUUGGAUGGUUGCCCGAUUUCUUUUAUUUGAAUUUGAACAUGUUGGCAGAAAGAGUUUUAAGUUGAAAUGAUGAAAAUAACUGGACAAGGAGAAACAGUAAGAAUAAAUAGACAGUUCCCACAGCAGACAAAUGGAAGAACUGGGGGCGUGGGUGGCACUGUGGUAUAAACCACUGAGCCUCUUGGGCUUGCCGAUCAGAAGGUCAACAGUUUGAAUGUGACUGGGUGAGCUCCCGUUGCUCUGCCCCAGUGCCUGCCAACCUAGCAGUUCAAAAGCACACCAGUGCAAGUAGAUAAAUAGGUACCACUGUUUCAGGAAGGUAAAAGGUGUUCCUGUGCGCUCUGGCUUCCGUCACGGUGUCCCAUUGCGCCAGAAGUGGUUUAGUCAUGCUGGCCACAUGACCCGAAAAGCUGUCUGUGGACAAACAGCAGGUCCCUCAGCCUGAAAGCGAAAUGAGCACUGCAACCCCAUAGUUGCCUUUGACUGGACUUAACCGUCCAGGAGUCCUUUACCCUUUUACCUUUGCCCGGUGAUCUGUAUUGGGAUGGGUGAUGGUUUAGUAAUUCAUAAAUGAUUUGGAGUGAGCCAUCAGGUGUAUGUUUUGGUGAUGACACCAAAUUAUUCAGAGUGGUAAAAACAAAAGGGGAAUAUAAAGAGUUCCAAAAGGAUCCCUCCAAACUGGAUGAAUCAGCAAUAAAUGCCAACUGCAGUUCAUUUUAAGUUAAGUAUAAAGUGAGCUGUGUGUCAUCCUUCCGCCACCCCUUAACCUUGCAUGGUGAUGGCUUCUGAACCAGUGGUGAUUGACAAGGAAGGAGAACUUGGGGUCAUGGUGGAUAAUCCAGUGAAAGCAUUGGCCCAAUUUGUGGCAGCUAUGAUAAAGAAGCGUUCUAUGUUAGGGAAAAUUUAGAAAAAGAUUGAUUUUUCAAAAAUGCCAAUAUCAUAACACCUUUAAAAAGUCCAUAGUGCAAUCACUCUUAGAAUACUGAGUGCAGUUCUGGUUGUCAUAUCACAAAAAGGACAUCGUAGAACUGGAAAAAGUGCCCAAAAGUACAACCAAAAUUCUCUGGGGCUUUUUAGUUCAGAAAAAAAAGAUAAAGGAAACCCUGAUUGAAGCCCACCUCCCCAUUGCAAAUGCCUUCCUGUGCACUUCACAACUGGUACCGAGUGAGCUAUAAACCUCUGCUUCCUACAAGAGGGGGUUUGGCAAAACACUGCUGUAAAUAGCAUGAUUUUAAAAGCCUAAAGCGGCAUUAGAAUUAACUGCUCAGUUUAUUAUUUACUGCCUAUGCUUUCAUCUUUGGAGUUCUAAUGCCACUCCACUAAGCCUAAAUGGUAUGUGGUAUUAUGAUUGUGAUGCAAUCAUGUAGCUGCUUAUUUAUACAAACAUUAUGCCUUUCAUUUUCUCGCGCAUACAGCUCCACAUGAUAUUGGGGUGGAAUAUCUCUUUGACACAUUUCCCCCUUCCAAGAGCUAAGAAAUAUUUGAUUAAAUUAAGGAUUUUUAUAACAAUACAAAGCUAUGUGAGACUAACAUAAGUAUACAGUUGAUGUGACAAGCUGCAUUGAAUGAACUCACCAGCGAUAAACUUAGUGCAGUCAUAGGCCGUAUAUAUGUAAAUAUAUAUAUUUACAGUGCACCGACCUUGCCUCUCUCUGUCCUUGUUUGCAGCGGCAACUCAGCCAGAGGGAGGACAGGCAAGUAAGGCAACCCCACUGCGCUGUUAACUACCGCUGUUCAUAUCAAUCCCGGAAAAGAUUCCCUGAAUAGUAAUGCAACACAGUGUACAACAUAGCGUAUAAAUUACAAUGGGUGAUAGCCAACUAAGUCAUAUGCAGAGUAAACCUACUAUUAAUAGAAUAGUUAAGAAGCCCUUAUAUAGUAAAAAUUAAUUCCAGAAUGAAAAUAAGUGUCAAAAGAAAGUAAUAAAGUGACUUUUUGUGUGUGGAAGAGCUAAAUGCAAUAUCAUUUACAGACCUAUGUAAAUUAAGCACCUUUAUCUUAGUGAUUUUAUUCUAUGUAUGACUUAGUUGGAUAUCACCUGGUUGGCUUCUCUUUGUUGCAAUCCAGACCUAACUAAACUUGAUGUUGGUUCUGUUUGGAUCACUGAGAUUGGGAGAGGAGGGGAUGGACUGAUAAAAAUAUGAAACUUCCAGAAAGACAGAAAUUCCAGGGCACUAGGGUAUAGAUCACAGCUUAAGCCAGGACCAGUAUACCCAGUUUGGCUUCACUGGCCCUCAUAUGAAAAUCCCUAUACUUGUUGAUUCAACCCAGAUGUUUUGAGGGAAUGACCACACCGUUUAUUUGCAUUGUUUUGCCAAACAUUGUAAGAAGAAGUAGCUCAUUACUCAGGACCAAUUAUAUUGGCGCCUUGGUCCUAAAGAUCUGUACAGUUGUGAAAGUGUAUAAGCUGGCAGAAACUAACAUAGCUUCUGUGACACCCUAUGAGACGUGAUCUGGACAAGGUGCCCUCUCAACUCUAUCAAGUGUCUGUCUUUCCUUAUGUCACCACUUCAGAUAUACACCUUGAUGCAUGCAACUCUGUGUGAUUGCAAUUGUACAAUUGCAGUUAUUGGUACCUCCUCUUAAACUGCUUCAGAACUGCUUCAGUAUGAAUGUGCAAUGCAAUACAAGGCAAUAGGCAUACAUACGGUAUAUUGAGAAGUUUGUUUUAGUUUGCCUUAAUCACAUAGGUUUUGUAAUAUGACAUAAUAGUUGCUAAACUAUGGUUUCUGUGUAUCAUCAGCAGUAGGGAUCAAAAUUGAGCCUUUUUUAUUAUUAUUCCAAUAAGCAUAAAAGCAUCCUCAUUAGAAAGUCAGGAAAAAAGAGAAGUAUAUUUGAAAUGAUCUUUAAAAAUUUAGGCUUAAACUCUCAGUAAUGUAUGUUUCCUAGUUCAUUAAUGUAGAAAUACUGCACAUAGAUUUUAAUCUUAGAGUUAAUAAUAAAAGCAAUUUUCACUAAAAAUAUAAAAACUGUAAUGGUAGAAUCAUGAUAUUGCAUUUAGCUCUUCCACACACAAAAAGUCACUUUAUUACUUUCUUUUGACACUUAUUUUCAUUCUGGGAUUAAUUUUACUAUAUAAGGGCUUCUUAACUAUUCUAUUAAAAUUUCCAUUCAGAAGCAAUAAUAUCUAAGAGUGAAUAAUGGUCAUGUAAAUCAUUAUUUCAUAUUAAUGUAAAAGAUUUUGUACGUUCUUAUGAAUUUUGCUGACAUGCACAAUUGUGAAAAGGUUAUCUCCACUUUCUGCAGUGAUAUGCGCUGGAACAAAGGAACUAUUUUAAAAGCAUCGGUGGAGUAUAUCAAGUGGUUACAAAAAGAACAACAAAGAGGCAGAGAAUUAGAGCAUAGACAGAAGAAAUUAGAACAGGCCAAUAGGAGGCUUUUGCUUCGAAUUCAGGUUUGUAUCGGGAUGGACCCAUUAGGGGUCGAGUUUCCUCCCCCCCCCCCCGCCCCUGCUUCUCCAUCAUCAAAUUGUGUCUAGCAGUAUCUUUCCAAUCAUCCAUAGUACUUUAACAGAACAAUGCUGAAAAAUCUUAGUGAUUGCAGUAUUUAAUUUGUGCAGCAGUACUUGUAGGGCUAGCCGCACAACGGUGUAUAUUACGGUGGUUUAGAGGGGAAGACUGUAAGGACAUUCUGCCCUUCGGACCUAGGUAAAAUCCACAGUAUUGAGGGUGGGGAGGGGGGGAAAACCACUCCUUAUUUCAUUUGUUUGUUGAAAAUAGUAUUUGAACACUCAAGACUCCAGGAUACCGCAUAGCACUUUGAAAAAUGCCCGUGACAUUGUGUUACCUUGGGGUAUGUUGUGCCACAUUAAAUUAAGGCACACAUCAUCUUUCCACAGUUUUCUGUAGCAGAGCGCACAUGAUUUAUAACAUAUUUAAUUGGGUAAGGGAUCUGGUGUGCUUCUAGAUAGCAUUCCUGAAUUUUGGUAGAUAAUUAGCAAGUAGAAACGCUGGCAGGAUUUUCUCAUCACUUCUAAGUACUUAAUGCAGGGCACAAUCCAUCGAAAAUUAAGCUGCUGAUUUCAGUGGGGGAGAUUAAGCAUAUGCUUAACUCUCCCAUUAAAAUCAAGGCGACUCCAAAGGGCUUAGGUUUGGCUGGAUCAUGCAUCCAACCGUUGAUCCAGUCACAAUUAGUCAUUCUUAGAAGCCAUUGAUUUAAAGGAGAAAUUAAAGGUUACAAUCUUGUACUCACACCUUGGAGUAAGCCCACAGAACUCUAUGGGACUUACCUCUGAGUAGACAUAUUAGUAAGCCCUGCUGAGUUUAACAGGUCAUAGUAGAUGGUUAAAUAUCUAUGAUUACAUUGUAAUUUUCUCACUGAAAUAAUGGAAUUUAAAAAUGCUUAACUUUGGGUGGACUGAGCCGCAAUGUAAAUAGAUGUCCAUUGCUCAUAGCCAUGGUACUCCUUUCAACAACUUGGUUUAUUGAAAAAAUUAUUUAAACACUGAAGUCUCCAAUAUACUCUUUUAUGCUUUGAAAAUGCCCAUGAUACUGCCAGUUUUCAAACAUAUCAGUAACCUCUGACUUGUCAUAAUGAGAAUGAGUCUUAGGAUUCUGCAGCCACUGUUUCCCUCUUCUCCUCUGCCACGACUGUGAGGAGGAGAUCAGAACAUUUUACUUCCAUUUCCAAUUAAUUAUAUGUUAGCUUUAUGUCUGAACUGUAGUUAAACUAAAUAGUAGGUUAAUUUCUGUAAGCUACAGUUAACACGAACCACAGUUUGUUGAAAUUUGGACAUAACAUUAAACAGUGGUUAGCAAAAAAACCCCCGAGGUUUUCCAGUAUCCUCCUUCUAGUUCUCCCAGUCUCAUUAACAUUAUGACAAACCAUAGUUAAUCAUAAUGUCCACAUGUCCCUAUCAUGCUAACCAUAGUUCAGUGUAACAUUUACAAGCCUGAACAGCCUUGUGUGUUCCUCUGUCCUCAAAGAAGGGUAGAAGAAGGAUUUUGUCAGUGUGUAGUUUCACUUCCACAGAAUCCGGGAUUGCCAUUAUGCAAGAAGCAGAGUUUGUGGUUUUAAGCAAACUCUGGCUCAUUAAACAAGCCAGCUUCACAACCUACUGUGUUUUAGUGCAGUUUUGCCCUACCUGGUACCUGCCACAUGUUGUAGGACUCAAGCUUCUAUCAGCCCCAGCAAACAUGUCCAGUGGUCAAGGAUGAUGGUGGUUUUAGUUCAAAACACCUGUAGGGCAUCAGGUUGUGGAAGCCUGGUUUAGUAUGAUGUGUGAACAUCACUGUUAUGCUACUAAAAAACAACAUGCUGUACAAUGUUUGUCAGCAGUAUGAAUAUUGCACAUUUUAAGCAGACUGUCAAAAUAGAUUUCAGAAUUAUUUCAGAUGUAGCUUUCAAUUCCCUCAUUACCACAUCUCAGACUACAACAGAGAUGGGAACCUCUGUGACAUUCCAAAUAUUGUUGGAGUACACUUCUAAUUAUCCCUGACCAUUGGCCAUGUUGACUGGGGCUGAUGGGAGUUUGAGUCCAACGACAUCUGGUAGGCCACAGUUUCCCCAUUCUGGUUUACGGAAACAAAAUCAACUCACCUUUUACAGUGAUGUUCUAAAUAUUAUUGUCUUCAACCACAGGAACUAGAAAUACAAGCACGAGCUCAUGGCCUGCCAAUCAUGCCUACAAUCAGCACGGUGGACUUAGCAUCCCAUGUCAUGAAACAGCAGGUCUAUCAAGAAGAGAAUUCAGUAGACUAUUCUCAACAUCUUGCUGUGGUCCACGAGCAACACUCUGACCUUGGUGAUGCCUCUGCAGCCUUUUCGGAUCCACUCUCGCACUUUACAGAUUUGUCGUUCAGUGCCGCUUUGAAAGAGCAGAGGUUGGAUGACAUAUUACUAGAUGAUACAAUAUCACCAUUUGGGACAGAUCCACUCUUAUCCUCUGUGUCUCCUGCUGUGUCCAAAGGAAGCAGCAGAAGAAGUAGCUUCAGUUCAGAUGAUGGAGAUGAUGUAUAG